AUGCGCCCGCAAGGGCGGAAGCUCGCUCUCAUUCCCGAAUGGCAGAAAAGGCGACCAGACCUAGGAGCGGACUUCAACCCGGAGUGGCACAGCGGCACGAGCGUCGGCACGCCGGAUCCAAGGACGCCACAUAGCCACGUGGCCUUCCACGAAGCCAUCAAGCGCAUAACGCGCCCCGAGCAGCGCCCACAGAGCGGCCCAGCAGCGCCCAACGAGCGCCCAGCGAGCGGCGUCAGUGCACCACCAGCGGCACCCACCCACGUGCCCACCAGGAGCACGCACAGCGCGGCCACCGCGCCCUCAUCAGCGUCACACGCGCCGCCAGCCGCGUUAUCAGCAGCGCAGACCCAGCAGCGUCCCGCGCCGUGCAGUGCCACCCACGUGGCCAUCAGGUGCCCACAGAGCGGCCACCUCGCCCUCCACAGCGUCCACCGCGCCCUCCACAGCGCCCAACGAUCGCCCAUCGAGCGGCAUCAGUGCCCAUCACCGGCAACCACCGAGCCAGCCACGCCUCGCGCCCAACGAACGCCUACCAUCGGCGUCAGCGCCCCAUCGGCCGCGUUAUCAGCAGCGCCCCCCACGGGAUCCACAGGAGCGUCCAUUGCGUCCUCACUAGCGCCUGCCGACAGCACCCACCGCGCCACCAGCAGCGCCCACUCACGUGCUCACCAGCGGCGCCAAUCAAGCACCCACCGAGCGCCACCAGCAGCGCCCAUCGAGCGUCAUCAGUGCCCACCGCGGCCAACAGCAGUGCCCUCAGCGGCAUCCGCGCCCAACGCAAAGCCCUACGAGCGGCUACCACCGAGCGCCAUCAAGCAGGGCAACAGCCGUGCCCACCGAGCGCCCACCACACCGAUCAGCGCUGCCGCGCAUCAGUCGCGCCACGGGAAGCGCCCACCACGUGCUCACCAGGAGCGCCCAACGAUGAGCGCCGCCGCUCACCAGCCGCACUCACCGAGCGCCAUCAGGAGCGCCAGCCUCAGCAGCGCCCACCGAGCGGCUUCCGCGCCCUCAGUAGCGUUCAGCGCCCAUCAGCAGCGCCCACCGAGCGGCGUUAGUGCCCAACAGGCGCCCUCAGCAGCGCCAACCGAGCGCCAAUCACCGCGCCCACAGCAGCGCCCAUCAGCAGCGCCCAGCCGCGCCCUCAGCAGCUCCAACCGCGCCGGAUACGUGGUGACUAGCCACGCUACGAGCGCCACCAGGAGCGCCCAACGAUCAGCGCCGCCGCUCACCAGCCGCACUCACCGAGCGCCAACGGGUGCGCCAGCCGCAACCACAUCGGUCAGCCACUGCCGCACGUCAGCAGCACCUGCCGUGCGCCCGCCGCAUCACGCCCCUGGUAGCGCCCAGCGCCCAGUCACACCACUAGGAGCGCUCACCGAGUGA